GGAAACUCACCCCGCGCGGCCGCAGGGUUCCGGCUGAGACUCGGCGGAGACCGGAGGGCUACAGUGGUUGCGGCGAUGGGGACGGAGGGCGGAGGGAUGGUGGACUGUCACUGCCACCUCUCCGCCCCGGACUUUGACGGCGAUUUGGAUGAUGUGUUGGAAAAAGCCCAGAAAGCCAAUGUUAUGGCUCUUGUGGUGGUUGCUGAACAUUCAGGAGAAUUUGGAAAGAUUAUGAAGCUUUCAGAAAGGUAUAAUGGGUUGGUCAUGCCAUGCUUGGGUGUUCAUCCAGUUCAAGGAGUUUCUCCAGAAGGCCAAAGAAGUGUCACAUUAAAAGAUUUGGAUGUAGCAUUGCCCAUUAUUGAGAAUUAUAAGGAUCAGUUGUUGGCAGUUGGAGAGGUUGGACUUGAUUUCUCCCCCAGAUUUGCUGGCACUGAUGAACAAAAGGAAGAGCAAAGACAAGUCCUAAUCAGACAGAUCCAAUUAGCCAAAAGACUAAAUUUGCCUUUAAAUGUUCACUCACGCUCAGCUGGAAGACCCACCAUCAGCCUCUUGAAUAAGCAAGGUGCUGACAAAGUGCUGCUGCAUGCGUUCGAUGGUCGGCCAUCUGUAGCCCUGGAAGGAGUAAGAGCUGGCUACUUCUUCUCAAUUCCUCCUUCUGUCAUAAGAAGUGGACAGAAGCAGAAACUUGUGAAACAGUUGCCUUUAACAUCAAUUUGCUUAGAAACAGAUUCACCUGCACUAGGACCAGAAAAACAGGGUUGUCACUCAUUAUUUUCAUGCAUAUUGCCCUAUCUCCUUGGGGGACGCAAGCUUUGGGUAAGGGACUAUUUGCAGAAAUCUCAAACGGUACGGAAUGAGCCCCGAAACAUUUCCAUUUCAGCAGAAUAUAUUGCCCAGGUGAAAGGGAUCCCAGUGGAAGAAGUUAUAGAAGUGACAACACAGAAUGCAUUGAAACUGUUUCCCAAGCUUCAGCACCUGCUCCAGAAGUAGCUUCAAGACCAAAUCAACUGCAGGGGGGAGCAUUUGAGAAAAAGAAAUGUUACGAUUAAGAGUCUAAACUGAAGAAGCCAUUAUGUAGGGAUAUAGAAGAUGGUAGUUUUAAAAAAGUAUUUCUCUUAGAAUUAAAACUGGACUUGGAUCUUGAAA